AUGGCCUCCAACCACACCAGGGGCGAUCCCUACCAGAGCUGCGUGCAAGUCACCGAGGACUGCCCAGUCGCUGCCACCGUCCUGGGCUACUAUCCCAACCUGGGGUCCGGCUACUUCUUCACCAUCAUGUUUGGCUUCUGCCUCAUCGGCACCGUCGUCCUCGGCGUGUCCAAGCGCACCUGGACCUUUACCGCCGCGCUGACCUGCGGCCUGAUAUUAGAAACCGCCGGCUACGUCGGUCGCAUCCUGCUCUCCUCGAAUCCGUGGAACAAUGGCGCGUUUGAGCUGCAAAUCUGCGCCAUCAUCCUCGGCCCGACCUUCAUCUGCGUCAGCAUCUACCUCACGCUCAAGCACAUUGCCCUCGCCCUCAACCCGCGUCUCUCGCGCCUGCCCGCCGUCUGGUACCCGCGCCUCUUCCUGCCCGCCGACGUCUCGUGCCUCAUCGUGCAGGCCAUCGGCGGCGGCAUCGCCGCCGCCGCCGGCCACGACAACCCCAAGCUGCAAAAGACGGGCAACCAGGCCAUCAUUGCCGGCGUCGCGCUGCAGGUCGCCGUGCUGGCCGUCUUUGGCGCCCUCGGCCUCGACUAUCUCCUGCGCGUGGCUCGCUGGAUGCGCACGCCCGAGGCCCGAGAGUCCGACGGCCUGCGCGUCUGGCGCAGCCGCAACUUUGUCAUUUUUCUCGCCGCCAUUUGCGCGGCCUACAUGUGCAUCUUUAUCCGCUGCAUCUACCGGUACCGUCCCCCUUCAAAAUCGCAUCUACCCUCGCAAAAGGCAACCCAACUAACAAAUGUGGGCUAUAGUAUUGCCGAAAUGGCUGGUGGCUGGGGCAACCACAUCAUGCAGGACGAGCCAAGCUUCCUCGUCCUCGAUAGCUCCCUCGUCCUCCUCGGCAGCGCCCUCCUCACCAUCUUCCACCCCGGCAUCUACUUCCCGCAGAUGCGCCACAACGCCGUCGCCCGCCGCCAGCAGCGCGCCGACGAGAAGGCGAGCGCCAAGCGCGACGCCAACUCCAACGCCGGCAACGAGACGGACGAGACUAGACUUCCCGCCUCUACCAGCCAGACUCCUCCCGAGACCGCCAGCAAAGAGCAGGUAUAG